AGUGAGCAGAGAGGCAGAGCCCGACACACAGCAGGGCUACAGCGACACUGGCAGCGGCAAGUAUGAGAGGAGAGAAGUUCACAGGGUGAGCUAGGCUGGUUGGCAGCCGUUGUCGCAUUCUCGGAGGAAUAAAGCAAACCGCUGGACGCCGAGAAGUCGCGGGACACACCGUGUGACUGGACCAAUAACUGGUGGAUACGUGAGGUUCUGGAUACCGAGCAGCGGCGGCGGCGCGGCAGGAGCAGGGCGAGUGUGUGAGUGCUUCGGCGGCGGUCCCGCUGCUAGCGAAACAUGAACAAAAACCACCGAGUGCCGAGCAACCGUUCUCUGAGUGCCGUGGAGGUGAAGAGCAAGUUCGGUGCAGAGUUUCGUCGGUUCUCACUGGAUCGGUCGAAGCCGGGCCGCUUCGAUGAGUUCUACGGCCUCCUGCAGCAUGUGCAUCGCAUCCCCAACGUGGAGCUCCUGGUGGGCUACGCCGACGUCCACGGGGACCUGCUGCCCAUUAACAAUGACGAUAACUACCACAAAGCCAUCUCUGUGGCUAGCCCUCUACUCAGACUGUUCCUGCAGAGGACAGAGGAAGCUGAUUACACGUUUGGCACUAACUCGCUGACGAGGAAGAAGAACACGGUGCUUUCGGCGGUUCUUCUGCGGCCUGACACCAACAGGAAAAAGCCACCGGUGAUCAUCAGCCUUCCGAGGGACUUCCGCCCCGUCUCCUCCAUCAUCGAUGUGGACAUCCUCCCCGAGACGCACCGACGCGUUCGCCUGUACAAGCAUGGCCAGGAGAAACCGCUGGGCUUCUACAUCCGGGACGGCUCCAGCGUGCGGGUCACUCCGCAGGGCCUGGAGAAGGUUCCGGGGAUCUUUAUCUCCCGCAUGGUUCCUGGCGGGCUGGCGGAGAGCACCGGCCUGCUGGCGGUCAACGACGAGGUGCUUGAGGUGAACGGUAUCGAGGUGGCUGGGAAGUCUUUGGACCAGGUGACGGACAUGAUGAUCGCCAACAGUCACAACCUCAUCAUCACUGUGAAGCCUGCCAACCAGCGGAACAAUGUGGUCCGCAGCGGAGGAGGGGGCGGAGCGUCCGGCAGCUCGGGCCGCUCGUCGGACAGCGGCGCUAGCUACUACGGCUACUCGUCGCACGGCGCCGCGGCCUCCAUGCCGUCGCACAUCAUACAGAACUUCCCCGCGGGGGAGCUGGAGAGCGACGAGGACGACGAGGACUUGGUGAUCGAGGCAGGAGGCGAGGCGGAGCCCAUCAGACGCGCCUCCUCCACCUACAGCAUGUACUCCAUGCCCCGCUACGAGCCGCACCUCAACCUCCGCAUGGCCGCCGCCUCCACCUCCGCCCUCUCCACCUCCGCCCUCUCCACCUCCGCCCUCUCCGUCCACACCAACGGAACCCUGCCAGCCAGGGUCAGCAGCAGCGGGUCGCUUAGCAACGCCAUCGCCACGUCCACCACGCCGUCCCCAGACAGAGGAAUGGAGAGGCGGAGUCUGGAGGAGGACGGCACUGUUAUAACUCUGUAGGCUGGGCGCUCACACACUAAACACUGGAAACAGAGACAAACACCCACAUGCUCUCAGAGUGGGGGUCAGAUUAUCUACAGGAACAUCCUGCAGCAUCACGCAGCGACUGAACCUGAGAAGCACAACGUGUACAUAUGAAACCUCCACAUGACACAACUACAUGUCUACAGCAGGGUUAUGGCCACAUGUGAAAAGAUAGAAUACUGACAUUAAUAAUAUGACACUUAAAUACAUUUUUAAAAAACAUUCUGAAACUAAACUCUUUAUUUUUAGAAUUCUGACAUAACCCUCAAAAUACUGAACUUAAAUAUUUAGAAAAUCAAUUCUGACUUAAACUCAGACUUUUUCUCUCAGAAUCCAGACUUUAUUUAGGAAGGACAUGUACUAUUAAAAUACAUUCUGAAUUAUACUCAGACUUUAUUCUCAGUAUUCUGACUGGAGUCUGGACUUUUAAACUCAGACUUAUUUGUUAGUUUUCUGAGUUUUUUUUCUCACAAUUCUGACUAUUUGUUUUAAUUAUAAAAAUACUUAAAUAUAAAAAAACUGAAAUACUUUUAAUUCUAAGAAUUGUAAAUGUAUUCAAGUUAGAUCUCAAUAGAUGUAAAAACAUUAUUUUAAAGAUAAACUCUGACAUAAAACUGAAAUACUUGAUUCACAUGUGUCCCUAAUCCUCUUCCGUACGGUCAAACACUGCACUCCAUACCUUUCUGCUCUACAUGCCAAUGUCCAUGCAUGUGUGCCAUAAUGGUGACCCCCCCUGCCCAGUUAUGCAGGGACAAAACUUUCAGACAAAGAAGUGUAGAAGAAGUGUAAUUUGAUGCCCCCCCCGCCCCCCUUCACUUCAUAUCUUACCCAUGACAAGCACAUGUUGUUACCCUAAUCUUCCAUAAGAGGGCAGAGACGAGACAUCAUCGGACCAUGAAUACUUGACGGUAGAAAUCAUGUUAGCAAGUGAAUCCCCCCCCCCCAUAACAAACACACUGAAGCAGGUUUUUAGCUUUUAGCAUUUGCUGACAAUCUAUUGGUGGUAAUGUGUUUGCCUUCUCCUCCCUUUAACCCCUCCCCCCCAGGUGACCACAGCAUGCGAUUGGUAAACAGUGUUGGUACAUUUCCACACAACAAUCGACCAAGUGCUGAGAUCUGCAAUAAUACUGUGUCUUUGACUGGAGGAGAGACCACCUAAAAAACAAGUCUGGGUUCUGUGUUAGCUCAGAGGCUUUUUUAAACCACUGUUUUCUAUUUUUACCUGCUGUGUUAAUUGAUGAGUGAUAAUGAAAGGUUGAUGAUUUUGAUAAUUCUUGGGAGCAACUUUUGUUUUGAAAAUCCCUUUACCAUCAGGCCUGUGAUUAAUAUCAUGUGAAUAUGUUGUGUCUGUUUCUUCUUUUGUUUUUACACAAUACUUGUAGGACCAGAUGUAUCCGACCAGCUGGAAGUCGCAAGUCACUCCAGUAGAAUUAAUUUCCCAUUUCUUCAUAUUGCACUCCCUCUCCUUUCCCACGACAAGGGCUAUUUCCCCUGCUGCGUGUGUACAAAUGAAGUAAUGUGAAUGUGAUUUACUAUUCUAGGUCGUUUGUUUUCUCUCUGGACCACAACUCAAUAUAUCUUCCCUCAGUGCUGAACAAUAUAUUCAUCUCUGCUGCUCACUUGUCCCGUGACAUUCACAUAUGAAAGGGUUCUGUCCAAUAUUAAUGUCCCGCUUACUUUUGGUGUCUUUAUUCUCAUUGAAUAGUUCAAUUCAAUAGUGACACACUCAGAGAAUGUUACCCAACAACUGUUCAGAAUGCUAAAUAUUGACCUGAUCAAUAGCUGUACUGUAACACUAUAAGCGAAUCCAACCAUAAGUGAGUUUAAGUGAGUGAUAGAUAACGUGUCAAGAGAGAAGCCGCUUGUACCUGGUCAGAUUGAGUCAUAUUUAAACAAGCACACAUGCAGGUAGGCUAGGCCCAGACUGGUUCUCAGGCUGUGUUUGAUAAAGGUGAGGCAGGCUGUCUUACAUACAUUGCUCUGAUCUGCUUUGACUAUUUCCACCCAAGUUGAGGCUCUUCUUAAAUAGUCCCAAACAAUGCUCCAAUGGUCGUCCUCUCUGCAAACACUUGAUUGACAGAAUACAUAUUAAGCAUGUUUUUAUUUUUAUUUAAAGCAGCUAUGGAAAAAAACGUUAAGCCCUUUGAAGCUAAUUUAAAUUUCCGGCUGAAUAAAUGAGGGCUGUUCCAAUAAAUUGGAAGUUUCAAAGCUACAUUUGAAUUCUAUAUCAGUUUUUUCAACUUCAGUUACAAACUUAAACAAUUGUCUUGUCUUACAGAGUUAUUCUGAAUUGACCUACAAAUGUUCAUAGUGCAGCUUUAAAUAGAAUUGUUGUGACUUUAACAAACCAUUUGGCCAUUUGAUAUAACCCCUUAUAAAUGUGUUCUCAUGCCAUGACACAUUUCCACAGAAAGAAGAGAUUCUGGCACAGUUUUCAGCUCUUGAAGCAGAUCCAUAACAUUUAUUAGAAGUACGUUUAUGUCCAUUAACAUUACACGCUGCUGCUAACUGCCUUCCUGAAGAGAGAGCAGAUGGUCUAUUAUUUCCCUUAUUGAUUUGUUCUUGCAUUCACUAUCUUGUUAAGUCAUAUCAUUGACUUCUGCAUGGAUUUUAUCUUGCUAAAACAUGAACUGGACACACAAAUACACUCAGCAAUGUGUAUUGGCUUCAACUGAACCCCUGUGCACUUGUCUUGGAGCACAUUCAGAAGUUAUUUUGAUUGCUUGAAUAUAUCAUGACGGUGAAAACCUAUGACUGGAAACAGCCACUAUUGUAUUUCGUUAUAUGUAUAAGCUACUUUCAUUUAUUUCAUGGUACACACAGUUCUGAUGGUCUUCUUUCAUUCCCAACAUUAAUGAGUGGUACUCUGAAUGACACUUUUAGAAAUCAAUGUUAAUUUAUUUUCUUAAUUUCUAACCUUUACCACAGGACACUGGGAUUGUAACCACAGCGACGUUGUUAUUUAUUCUCUAAUCAUGCGUCUGCAUAUUUUUCUUUCUUUGUACACAUUUUAUGACUUUAUUUUUAUAACUGAUGUUUAUUCGUGAUUGUUUUGGUCGUAAAUCUCAUAGAUGUUAUUGCCCGAUAGAUAAUUUCAGUAGGUGAUUUUACCGGCAUAAAGCACGUGUGCAAGACGUGGCACUAUUUCUUUUUUCAUACUGUGAAUUAUCAUUAGCACAACCCUCAAAACAGGUUACUUGUUUUGCUUUUGAGUCCUUUUUUUUAAAUGAUUGAGCAAUGAUUUUUUUGCUUGCCAGAUAAAUCCUAUGGUAUAGAUUUGUAAUGAAGAUUGUCAGUAUUUUCAUAUCGAUGCUAUAUAUGAUGUACAUUUUUAUCACAUUUAAUGAAAAAUAUUUUAAGAUUCAACUGGAGAUGUAUGAAUUAAUACAUGUAUACUUGUAAUUGCUGAUUGGAGAAGCUGGAUGAAAUAAAACUAAUGUGUAGCA